CGAGCGCAUCGCAGCCAACCAGAAUAUCAACCCAGCCUUGCGCGCGCCAACGGGCGCCCGGCCUUCACCGCCUCCCGCCCCGCCCUUCGCCGCCGCCGCUGCCGGCGGCCGCCUCGGUAAGGCGGGAUUUUCGGCGCGGGCCGGGCCGGCGGUUGCCAUGCGGAGCCGGGCGGAGGUGGACGUGACGCUGCAGACGGCCAAACUGAACCCGGCGGAACUGCUGCCGGCCGCGCACUGCCUCAGCUUCGGGCCGCAGGCCGGCGCCGGCGAGUGCUACCUGCUGCAGCUGGAGCCGGGCCUCUGCGCUGAGCUGGAGGCGGGACGCAUCCUAGUAAUCCGUGGUGAAAAGGAUGAACAAGCCGUGUUGUGCAGCAAAGAUAAAACUUACGACAUGAAAAUAGCAGAUACCUCGAAUAUGCUGCUCUUUAUUCCUGGUUGCAAAACUCCAGAACAGCUGAAUGCAGAUCAAGCAUCUUGUAAUAUCAUUCAUACACAGAUUGCUGGUUUCUCCAAUAACUAUUGGGAAUUAAGGAGAUGUCGACCAAAACUGAAGAAACUGAGGAAGCUGUUAAUGGAAGAUCCAUAUGAAGGGCCAGACAGUCAGAAAGAUCAGACUUUGACAUUUUUAAAGUAUACAACAGAAGAUUUGUUAAGUCUGAUUCAAGCAAGUGAAGAAGAAAUACUGCACCAAUUGCAGGUUAUAGAUGCCUGCAAAAUUGAAGGAUAUUGGAGAAUUCUAGAAUUUGACUAUGAGAUGAAACUCUUGAAUCACGUGACUCAGCUAAUAGACUCAGAGUCCUGGCCUUUAAGUAAGGUUCCUUUACGUACCUGCCUUGAGGAACUUGGAUCCCUAGAGCCCAUAGAGAUGAUAGAACAUAUUCUUUUAAGCUAUGGAAGGAAAUACACUGAUGAUGCAGGGGAGGUUUACUUUGAAAUGCAUGAAGAUAAAAUAUGCAGAGCUAUCGCACAAAUGCUUUUGCAAAAUGCAGUUAAAUUCAAUCUGUCAGAGUUUCAAGAAGUCUGGCAACAAAGUGUCCCUGAAGGAAUGACAACGAGGCUUGAUCAGCUUAAGGGCUUGGCUCUUGUGGAUAGAACCUCAAGACCAGAGACCAUCUUUCUGCUAAAAGUAGAAGACUUACCUGAAGACAACCAGGAAAGAUUCAACAGUUUAUUCAGCAUACGGGAAAAGUGGACAGAAGUGGAUAUUACCCCCUAUAUACAAGACUUAUGUGCAGAGAAGCAGACAGUUGGUGCUCUUCUGACAAAAUACGCUCGCUCCUCAAUGCAGAAUGGUGUUAAAGUUUACAAUUCUAGAAGACCCAUUUCAUAACAAGUAUUGUUUUAAGAACUAAGAAUAUUGAAUGGAGUAAUGGUGAAUGUUGCUUCUUCCUUCCUCUGAGGGGAAGGAGCUGUCAACCAACACCAUACAGUGUUCCUGAGUAAACAGCUAAGCUUCUUGAACGAGUUCUGCUUUCUGCUCAGCUAAGUAGACUAUGAGGGCACUUGCCUCUUCUAAGAAACUAUUGUGUCAGCAGCCCUUGCCCACCUUCCUUCUUUUUUCCUUUGUGUCUGUAGUUAUGCCAGGAGUCCGGCUACUUCUUGAAUACGCUUUAGCUGUCUGUCCAUAAACUGAAGUCUGACACUAAAAAUGAAAACGUCCUUGAUAAUAAUUGUAUUGAUUUCAACAAAUGGAAUACUUGGUCUUUUGGUCAUCAGCAAGCAUUCUUAAAGAUUUCGUUUCAGUGUUGACAUUUUCAUUACUGCAGAUCUUGACAAGCUCAUGAACAAAUUCCUUGCUGAGACUAUACACUAGUCUUAAUUUUGGAAGGUGGUUCUUUUUGUGGUCAUGUCUCUGAAUAACAUUGGCACAAGCUCUUGACACUUGAACACUGGUUAAGAAUUGCCUUUUAAAUAUUACAAAAACACAAAUUGCAACUGAGUGUGAAGAUACUGGAGAAUAGUUGGGCACUGUGUUAUGAACUUCCUUUAAACUGCCAUUAGAAUGUAGCUGAGGUAAAAUUAAUGUUUUACAGAAGACCACCUUUGCUUUUUAAAGAGAGCUUGUAAAACUUAGUAAUACGAUUUUUUUAAAAAAAACCUUUAUUAUGGCAAGUAACUGCAUAUAGAAAAUUUCUUGAAAACUUGGGGUGGAAUAUUCUGUGUAGAGCAAUGAAACAGGAUUUUUUUUAUGGUACUGUCAUAAAGUUGGAGUGCCUGAAAUUUGAAAUUUUGUACUCAUUAAGAAGGAUUGUUUGCAUGUCAGUGAACCAGAGUUUAAUAUUAGACACUUUUCAGACUUAUUUUUUUUAAGCAUAACAAUUGUUGGGAUUUUCUUAUACAAAAAGCAUUUGCUGCAUCAAACUCAGAUGUAAGGUAUGAAAAACCUCGGAACUCCUAGCACUCCAAAUGUAGGGUGAGCAGGGAAAGAAACUAUAAAUCAAAUGUAACUCUUAAGAUGGAUGUGUGCAUCCAUGAAAUGUUGUUAUAGAUAAAAAGAUGAUUAAAAACUA